AUGGCGUCUACGGACUUGAUAACCGCUGAAGCAGAAUGGAGAGAACAGUUUGCAGCGAUGCAAGCGGCAAUCGCCAAUCUCAACCUUCCCACCGUCUCCAAAGCUGAGGACGGUUAUGCCGAAGACGAUGACGACCUUGAAGGAUUCUCCCUGGGGGGCGAUGGUCGGGACGUGUGGGACUUUAUUUCGGACACCGAAUACGAUGACUAUAGCAGCGACUUUGUUGAAGUUGACGGAGUCGGCGAUGCAGAGGCGGGAAAGACCGUGGAUCGGUUCUUUGACACGUCAGCUGGGAUUGCCGCCGAGAACAACCUCUCUCCGGAUGUCUUCCAAAGCCAGAUUUUAAGCCUUCUGGGUUCUGCUGAGCCUGAUUAUGAGCUUCAAUCGCACCUUACCGAUCUGGUUGGGCUCGGUCAUCUCGAUUUUGUCAUUGAUUUAUUGUCCAGAAGGGAUGUUCUUGUGGCUGAGACGAAAGGCCAAGUCGAGAGACAUCCUACUGCACCUCGAUUGUUGAACAAGUCUGAGAGACAGGCUGCUCUGAUACGCCAGGACUUUGAACACAAAACUUCUUCGCUAUCUCCUGCAUCCAAGAAGGAACCACAGUAUCCACAUGUAUACAGAUCGUACCAGGCCGGGAAUACGCUGAGCUUUUCCGGCAAAAAGUAUGGCCUGCCUGUCGGCAGCGAACGUCGCCAGUUUGAAAAAUAUGAAGAGUACUUUGUUCCAGCAGGCCGCAAAGGUACACUCGGUCCUGGAGAGAAGCUGGUAGCUAUAUCGGAUCUUGAUGGCUUGUGCCGGAUCACUUUCAAGGGCUACAAGAAUCUCAACCGUAUGCAGAGCCUCGUGUUCCCCGUCGGAUAUAAGACAAACGAGAACAUGCUUAUCUGUGCCCCCACUGGUGCCGGCAAAACCGAUGCGGCCAUGUUGACAAUUUUGCACACUAUUGGCCAGCAUGCCUACCCCAAUCCUAGCGAGAACCCCGAAACGACCGAGUUCACCGUUGACAUUGACAACUUCAAAAUAGUCUACGUGGCUCCCAUGAAAGCCUUGGCCGCUGAGGUCACUGAAAAGCUGGGCAAGCGUCUUGCCUGGUUAGGUAUCAAGUGCCGCGAGUACACUGGUGAUAUGCAACUCACCAAAUCAGAAAUUGUUCAAACUCAAAUCAUUGUUACUACCCCAGAAAAGUGGGAUGUCAUUACGAGAAAGGGUACUGGAGAUACAGAGCUGGUUCAGAAAGUGCGUCUUCUAAUCAUCGAUGAAGUUCACAUGUUGCAUGAUGAACGUGGCGCGGUUCUAGAAUCCCUUGUCGCCCGAACUGAACGCCAGGUUGAGAGCACACAGUCUCUUAUUCGAGUCAUCGGCCUUAGUGCUACGCUCCCCAACUACGUUGAUGUGGCCGACUUUUUGAAGGUCAACAAGUACGCAGGCCUGUUCUACUUUGAUGCUUCGUUUCGCCCUGUCCCGCUUGAGCAGCAUUUUAUCGCUGUCAAGGGCAAAGCGGGGUCAAAGCAAUCCAAAGAGAACUUGGACAAUGUUGCCUUUGACAAAGUCAAGCAGAUGCUGGAGAGAGACCACCAAGUAAUGGUUUUCGUGCAUUCGCGGCGAGAUACUAUGGUUACUGCAAGGAUGCUUCACCAAAAGGCAAUCGAGCAGUUUUGCAUGGACCUUUUUGAUCCUAGCGGACAUCCCAAAUACGACCAAGCCUCCCGCGAUAUAAAGUCAUCCCGGGCCAAGGACAUUCGCGACCUUCUCUCUAAAGGAAUCGGAAUCCAUCAUGCUGGUAUGGCUAGGGCUGACAGGAAUCUGAUGGAGCGACUCUUUGGAGAAGGUGUUCUGAAAGUGCUUUGCUGCACUGCUACAUUAGCCUGGGGUGUGAACUUACCCGCUGCCGCUGUGGUCAUCAAAGGUACACAGGUCUACAGCGCCCAGGAUGGUAAAUUUGUUGAUCUCGGAAUCCUGGAUGUGCUGCAAAUAUUCGGUCGAGCUGGACGGCCGCAGUUCGAAGAUACUGGCAUCGGUAUGAUCUGUACUACUCAAGACAAGCUUCAACAUUACUUGACUGCUAUCACUGAGCAGCAGCCGAUCGAGUCCAAGUUUUCCACCAAACUUGUUGAUAACCUCAAUGCUGAAAUUGCCCUGGGAACAGUGACUUCUAUCCAGGAUGCGGUCCAAUGGAUAGGAUACUCAUAUCUAUUUGUUCGAAUGCAGAGAAGUCCAACCGCAUACGGUAUUGAGUGGGCCGAAAUUCGUGAUGAUCCAACUCUCGUGCAGAGACGGCGCCAACUAGCCAUCCAAGCCGCCAGAACUCUGCAGCAGUGUCAGAUGAUUAUUUUUAACGAGCGGACUGAGGAGCUUCACAGCAAAGACAUCGGUCGAAUUGCUAGUCAGUAUUACAUCCUUCAUACGAGUAUUCAGGUUUUCAACACUAUGAUGCAGCCGCAAGCCACUGAGGCCGAUGUCCUCAAGAUGAUUAGUAUGAGUGGAGAGUUCGAUAAUGUCCAGUCGAGAGAUACUGAAGCCAAGGAACUGGCGCAUCUGAAGAAUGAUGUUGUGCCUUGCGAUGUCGACGGCGGCAUUGACACACCGCAAUCCAAGACCAACAUUCUGUUGCAAUCAUACAUCUCUAGACAACAGCCUGACGAUUUUGCACUAUCCAAUGACAUGAAUUAUGUUGCCCAGCAGUCUGGCCGUAUCUGCCGAGCCUUGUUCAUGCUAGCGCUUAAUAGGAGAUGGGGUCACCAAUGUCUAGUCCUGCUGACUUUGUCAAAGUCUAUUGAGAAGAGAAUUUGGCCCUUUCAGCAUCCACUUCAUCAAUUUGAUUUACCCAAGCCCGUCUUGAACCAGCUUGAUACGAAGGAAAACCUGACCAUGGAGAAAAUGAAGGAAAUGGACCCUGCUGAGAUCGGAGGCUUGGUACAUAAUCACAGCGCUGGAAAGACUAUUUCCCGACUUCUGAGCCAUUUUCCGACGGUUCAUGUAGAAGCUGAAAUUGCACCACUGAACCGGGAUGUACUUCGGAUAAAGUUGUACGUUAUCCCCGAUUUCUCGUGGAAGGACCAGAUACAUGGAACAUCCGAAUCGUUCUACAUCUGGGUUGAGAACUCUGAAACUUCAGAGAUUUAUCAUCACGAAUUCUUUAUUCUGAACAGGAGAAAGCUUCAUGACGACCACGAACUUAAUUUCACAAUUCCUUUAUCGGAUCCCCUUCCAACGCAAAUUUACGUUCGAGCCGUAUCUGAUAGAUGGCUUGGUGCAGAGACAGUCACCCCAGUGUCUUUUCAGCACCUCAUCAGGCCGGACACCGAAAGUGUUUACACUGAUCUUCUUAACUUACAGCCGCUUCCUAUCUCGGCCCUGAAGAACCCCGGCUUGGAAGAGAUUUACGCGCAGCGUUUUCAAUUCUUUAAUCCUAUGCAGACACAGAUUUUCCACACCCUGUAUCAUACACCAGCCAACGUUCUCCUCGGGUCUCCAACAGGAAGUGGCAAGACUGUGGCAGCAGAGCUGGCCAUGUGGUGGGCUUUCCGGGAAAGACCCAAAUCUAAAGUGGUGUAUAUUGCCCCAAUGAAAGCGCUGGUUCGUGAACGAGUCAAGGACUGGGGAAAGAGACUUGCUCGACCAUUGGGACUUAAGAUUGUCGAGUUGACUGGUGAUAAUACUCCAGAUACAAGGACCAUCAAGGAUGCGGAUAUCAUCGUUACCACCCCUGAGAAAUGGGACGGUAUCUCGCGCUCUUGGCAAACAAGGGGAUACGUCAGACAGGUUUCCUUGGUCAUCAUCGACGAGAUACACUUGCUCGCUGGCGACCGCGGCCCUAUUCUGGAGAUCAUUGUAUCACGCAUGAACUACAUUUCAUCGUCGACAAAGAACAAAGUCAGACUCCUCGGAAUGUCGACAGCCUGUGCCAACGCUACCGAUCUGGGUAGCUGGCUGGGUGUCAAAGAAGGGCUGUUCAACUUUAAGCACUCCGUUCGCCCUGUACCACUUGAGUUAUACAUCGAUGGUUUUCCCGAAAUCCGUGGUUUCUGCCCUUUGAUGCAGUCGAUGAACCGCCCGACGUUCCGAGCCAUAAAAAAUCACAGUCCAGACAAGCCAGCCAUUGUUUUUGUUGCUUCUCGACGACAAACGCGUCUCACAGCCAAGGACCUGAUCAAUUUUUGUGGCAUGGAAGACAAUCCCCGACGGUUCUUACGCAUGGAUGAAGAAGACCUGCAGCUGAACCUCGCCCGUGUUAAAGACGAUGCCCUCAAGGAGGCCAUCAAUUUCGGCAUCGGUCUCCAUCACGCCGGCCUGGUCGAGUCGGAUCGCCAACUCUCUGAAGAGCUUUUCCUCAACAACAAAAUCCAAAUACUCGUAGCAACUAGCACUUUGGCUUGGGGCGUCAACUUGCCUGCCCACUUGGUCGUCGUGAAGGGCACUCAGUUCUACGACGCUAAAAUAGAAGCAUACAAGGAUAUGGACCUCACAGACGUUCUGCAGAUGCUCGGUCGAGCGGGCCGCCCUCAAUUCGACAACUCUGGUGUCGCGAGAAUAUUCACCCAAGACUCUAAAAAAGACUUUUACAAGCAUUUCCUCCACACUGGGUUUCCUGUUGAAUCUUUGCUGCACACUGUGCUUGACAACCAUCUUUGUGCUGAAGUUUCUGCCGAGACCAUUGUCACAAAACAGGAUGCUCUAGAUUACCUAACCUGGACAUUCUUCUUUCGUCGACUACACAAAAACCCAUCAUACUAUGGGCUGGAGCUCUCUGCUGAGGAACACUCGACUAUUGCUGCACAGCAACUCGCCAACGAAUAUAUGAUCGAAAUGGUCAACACAUCUCUCGGGGAACUUGCCGAGUCCAAGUGUGUCGAGUUAUUUCCUAACGGAGACAUAGAUCCCACACCUCUCGGAAAGAUUAUGAGUUACUAUUAUCUUUCCCACAGAACAAUCAGGCACCUUGUGAAGCAUGCAAAAGCGCAGGCUUCGUUCCUCGAUGUCCUGUCGUGGAUGUCCCGCGCCAUCGAAUACGACGAGUUACCCGUUCGCCAUAACGAAGAUCUCAUUAACGACACACUUUCCUCAAAUUUGCCGUAUUCUGGGCACACUUUUGGUCUGCCCAUGUGGGAUCCACAUGUCAAAGCCUUCCUGCUACUUCAAGCGCACAUGUCGAGAAUUGAACUGCCCAUCACGGAUUACGUGGGCGACCAGACAUCUGUCCUUGAUCAAGCUAUUCGUAUUAUCCAGGCAUCUAUCGAUGUCCUCGCCGAACUGGGCUACUUGUCAUCCUGUUUGCAAAUGAUCAGCCUCCUACAAUGCAUCAAAUGCGCCCGCUGGCCCACGGACCCUGUCGUGUCUAUCCUUCCUGGUGUUGAACCCGAGUCCACCAAGAACAAUACGCCGCUCAGCAAACUCAGCGUUCUCAAAUCGAGCGAAGUUCAUCAGCUGGCAAAAGGGCUCGGACUUGAGUCCCCACAAGAAGUCUCCCGUCUGGCUCGCGCAGUGUCCCUCCUCCCUAAUGUGUCUAUUUCGACAUCAGACGUCACGUCUCUGUCUGUGACGGUGAAUAUCAAACGCAUCAACGCCCUGGCCGACAAAGAAGCUCGAAUAUAUGCUCCCAGAUUCCCCAAAGCUCAGACAGAAGGCUGGUUCAUCCUUGUCGUAGACAUGGUCAGGGAUGAGAUCAUUGCCGUGAAGAGAGCAACGUGGGCCGCGCCGGCAGGAAAGUCUUUGGGACCAGGCAGUACACCUUCAUUGAGAAGGUUGAUUAAGUUGCCGGAAACGGUCGGCGGACAGGCCAGGAAGGUGGACAUAUUGGUUGUGAGUGAUGGGUAUAUGGGCUUGGAGUAUAAAAUCGAGGGGCUGGAUAUUCCAGGCUUGCCCACGGUGGAUGAUGAUGUUGAUUGGAAGAAGGGAUAG